AUGAAAAAAAAUAACAAUAUUCUCUAAAAGAAUUUAGAAGAAGAAAAUAUUUUAAAAUAAGAUGAAUUGUUAGAUAAAGUACAAAAAUUGAAACAUGUAUCCUUAAACAUACAAACUUAUCUUAAGAAUGAAAAACCUUCUCUAGAUAAAUUAAAUAAUGAUUAUGAUAAAUCUAUCGAUAUGGUUAAGAAAUCAAUAAAUGGGAUUGGCAGUAUAAAUAAUUAUUAAUAUUCUAGAAUUAUUAAAAUCAUCAUUCGGAUAGAAUACUUGCUUUCUGAUUUGUGUUGUUUUUAUGGUGAUUUUUAUACUUUAUUUAUUGUGA